UCUAUAUCACAAAUGAGAAUCUUCAUUCCCAUUUGCAGUAGAGAACGACUGAGAAGGUGCACAAGUAGAACAGGAAACGAAGCGAAAAAGAUGACGCGUUGCUCUGCUUUGUUGCGUCUCUUAUUGUUGGCUUCCCAGCAUAGCUCAUGCGUAGGUUUAGGAGCAGGUCGUCCUUCCUCCGAGCCCCUCGUGCAGAGUGGGGAGUCGCAGGGAAGGGGCGUGACGAACGCGAACCUACUUCCGGUUCACGGAACUGUUCCUAACAAUCUGCGCUGGAAGCAGGAGUUUAACCAAACCCUUGCGGCAUACGGCCCAGAAACUCUCGCCAAUUUCUACUUUGAUUCCAAGGUAAGAAUUUCUCCUUCGUGUACUUUUUCGAUAAAUCCAUAGCACUAGUCGGUAAUCAAUCGUUGUAGAAAUGGCCGUCUUUUUUUAUCUUUUCCUGCAGCUUGCGCUGCCGUUAACGUUCUGCAACAAGUCACGUAAUUAUGCAAAAAAAAAUUUUCCCGCAGAGUUUUUCUACGUUUAACGGCUACGACUUCAUUCCUGAGCAUGAGUCCACUUAUGCCGAAAGCUGGAAGUGGUCGGGUAUGAAUUUCGUCAGUGGAAAAGGCCUCCUUUCCCCGGGACCACGCAUCGUACGUUCCACCGCUUCCGGCGACAAGAAGAGCAAAAAGCGCACCAGUGGCUACGUGCGAGAUGUCAUCGGGCCGUUUUUUUCGCGCGGCGGCCACGACUGGUGGCAACUGCACGUCAAUGACAUCGCGGGGCUGGGUGGUCUGGCGGAAAAGCAUGAAGGAGGUAUUUACAACGCAUUUUCUGUACAAUCAUCUGUUGUAGAGUGCAUUUGAUGUUGCCGGAGUCAAUCUUUGUUGGAGGGCAGCGAAUCAACCUCUGCAAGAACGUUUGCGUUUCAAGCUAGCCUGUUCAGAUCCACCGCAGACCGAGAGAAGUACAUAACUAUCUCGUUAAACUUCCAAACAGGAAUCGGCGUGACGGAGUACGGCGUUGCGCCGAUCGCGGCCUCGACGAAAGAGGUUUUGGGCAACCCGCCCAUCCAGAUCCACCACGCGCACGCCGUCCACGGCCCGAACAUGCGGCACCGCAUGCCCGAUUAUCCGAGCUGCAACCCGAAGGGCGAUACGAAUAGGAAUAAAUGCUACGACUGGAGCGCCGUGUUUGAGUGGCACGGGGACUACGAGUGUCCGAAAAAGCUGGGCGGCCUGAACUGCUUCCACGAGAAGGCGGGCACUGGCUUUGUGAAGCAAGUGCACGGGCCGCUGGAUUUCGAAGUAGACAUGAAUGACGUUCGUAUCCUGAGUAAAAACAUCCCCACACCAGAGUCAAGAUGGGGAUUUUGCAACACAAACCUAGAACUUUUGGGGGUCACGCAUCACAAGUUGCAGUCCGUUAGCAUGACAACUUUGGUGUGGGGACGUUUUUACUCAGGAUAGUUCGGGCAAUAACGACAGAAUACCUGGCCUGGUAUCUGCAGGUCACGUAUCAAAUGCAAAAAUGUCUGGGUCUGGAACAAGAAUGCAACUUGUAAUGCGUAUUUCAGAACACAGAAAAGUCUCUCAUGCAUAGGUAGCAAAAGCUCCCACUUUUUGUCUGCAAAAUAGGGGACUUGUCAUGCGGAUUCGGCAUCGCGGAAGGUUCUCGAAACCUGUGAUGCUAGAGCUUCCAUGCCAGACCUUCUGUGUCAUGCAAAAACAGCAUGACUCUUCCAGACCCAGACACUUUUACAUUUGAUAUCACGGUGAAGUGGGUGGCGCUGAAGAGCUUUGCCAGUUUGAAGCCCUUGUCGCAGAAGUUCUUGAUCGGCCCGGGGAACUGGAAGUUGUCAGACCAACUCUCUUACCAAAACGUCUUCUCCGUGCCCGCGAAGGAGGAUUCCAUGCACAUCUACACGGGCAGGUACACCUUCACCGGGGAUUUGAUCCGCAACAAGUUUCACUGCCACAACCCGACGUUUCACAGUUCGUACUUUCUCCACGAUUGCUCCCCCGAAGACUUGGGGCUAUCGAAAGACCUGUUGAGCAACAUUUGGACGAACAACGGGAACUCCCCCGCCGAGCCGAUCGGCAGUGUGACGGAAAUACGGAGCCUGCUCCUGACGAAGGCCGCGUAUUUUGGCGCCAAAGCGGGAAGCAGGUGCAAAAUCGCCUGUACCGCGAUCGGGCGCCCGGAGCUGGUGAAAGGGCCGCAACAUUUAAAGGACUUCAAGGGGCAGUAUCUCAGCGUGCGCGCACCUUUGACCACCUGCGACGCAACACACUUGCAGGAAAACCAGCAGUACACAGUCGUGACCUUGCACGAAAAGCGGAACCCGCGCCUGCUGCCCCCGGCUUUUCAGGGGAUGGAAAAGCUUCCGUCGCACGCGCACUGGAUUUUGCAGUACUAUGAUACGGAUAACCCAACCCGGUCUUCCUACUCCUACCGGAUUCACAGCGAAGACGUGAACUCGUUCCUGGACAGCCAGCAGCUUGGCUUCCACCCGCGAUUGGUUCUCACGUGGUGGUACGACACGUCCUUUCCGGGCACGUCGAUGCGGGGCAACUACCUGACUGUGGCGUUCGCUGUCGUUGCUUUCGCCGUCCUGGUGAUUCUCCGGCUGAUGUGGCUCUCGCAGUUCAGCGGGACUGUGUGGUCUCGGAAGAAGGAGGACGAUGAAAUUUCAUCGCACAAAAAUUUGGCCUACCAAGCUCUGGUCGGGAAAAUCUCGAAGGACUUUUUGAACAUGAACACGACUAAAUACGCGAAAAUCGCUCCGGACGCCGAGGAGGACGAGGCAGUGACGUCGCCGAGUGACAAGAGCAAAGAAUCCGUCGCGGUAGUCGAAACCCGACAGCAGAAGACACGAGCGAGAAACACUACCAAGUAGAAGGGGGCGAAAAGGAACGUGUGCUGUCGCCGGGAAAAUGUUGCUGGUAAAGGCAAGGGACACGAGAACUAUUUGCCAAAAAUGAACUUUGUAUCUACUUCAAUCGUGAUGUUAUCGUUCUGAGUUUGUUUCUGUUUCGAUUAUGCAGCCCGGCUGCGCCCAUGCCCAAAAAUGUACCACCUAGAUCGUUUGUCGUUUCUGCUUGUCGUUACAAGCCCACUUUACUGUUUUGCGAGAACAACUCUUCAUAUCAAAAUCAAUCUGACUCUCAUCCUCUAGCGGCGAACUAUCCCCUUUUCAGAGGUUUGUAUCCCUUUGUGAAUCUUCGCUCUUGUAGUUCCGUGUUUCAAGAACUGAAACUGAAGAUAGAGUACCGCUCAGCUGAAAUAGUGUGACGAGGCGUCCUCCCUCCACUUCCACAGUAU